AUGAACGUGUUUGACUGCACACUUUGCGUUGCAACUACGAUUUCGCAGUUUUUGGUGGAUGAAGUUAUGAAACAAGUCUCCUUGUAUGGUGGAUUUAGGCAUGUGGUACGGUGCCAUGGAAACCCUCAAGAAGAUUUUAUGGACGUAAAGCAAUCUGGAGAACCCAUCGUUCUUCUCAUUGCGAAUCAAGCCGGUCGAGAAGCACUCAAGUUCCUUUGUGACGACUAUCAUCUGCCGAAGGAGCAACGUCGUGUCCUUUGGAUUCACAGCAUUUCUUCUGGUCUGGACAGCUAUAAAUUGAAUGAACUUGUCAAAGAACUGCAGGACAUUCCUUUAACAAACGCACGAGGCUGCUACUCCUCCAUCCUGGCAGAGCACGUGAUGUACUCCAUGCUAUACUUCUACCGGCAGACGUGGCGCUCCCUGGCGAGUCGCGCGGAGCACAAGUGGGACCCCUUCCUCAUGGUUGAACUGCGUGGAAGGAAGGUGGGCAUCAUUGGCUACGGCGACAUUGGGCGGGCCAGCGCCAAACUUCUCAGUGCCUUUGGGAUGGAGGUGACGGGUGUGAAGCGGUCCGCGUCCACGAAGGAGGUGGACGAGUACGGCGUGCGUCUUGUGCACGGCGAUGCGGAGCGGGAGCGUGUGUUGCGUGAAUCCGACUUCGUGGUCAACAUCCUCCCGGGAACGGAGGAGACAAAGCGGUUGUUUAACAAAGAGCUCUUCUCCAUGAUGAAGCCGAGCGCGGUGUACAUCAACAUUGGCCGCGGCAUCACGCAGAACGAGGAUGACCUUGCGUGUGCGCUGCGUGAUGGCGUCAUCCGUGGUGCCUCUGUGGAUGUGUUUGAGAGGGAACCGCUUCCCGCCGAGUCCCCACUGUGGGACAUCAGUGAUGAUAAGAUUCUUUUGACAUACCACAAUGCGGUUUUGUCCGAUGAUUUUUGUAAAAAAGCAAUCGAUUGUUUUAUGUUGCUUGCACGCGAUUUUGGUUCAGAUGGGUUUGCAUCAAAUGUAAUCCAGAUCGACAAGUUUUAUUGCGGAUAA